UCUUCUAAACUCCACUGGGCAUCAUUUUGCGCGUCAAAACAUUGCGUCUCUGCAGGACUUGCCAGGGCCGGAGAGAAGAGGAAAUUUGUCUGGGAAGGAAUGCGAAAGGAGUUUUAGGAUUGGCACUGCCACGAGGAAAACGAGGAGGUGCGACAUUUUCGAAGCUACGUGGAGAACCGUUUUUCUUCCCUUCAAAGGUGUUUGCCUCCCAACCCACCGCCCACCACGGCCCUCACCUGUGUGUUGCGGUGCUUCCCUUGUGAGCCGACCUGGGCUGGCAGUCCCUUCUUGCACCGCCCGCCAACUCCGCCCAUGGUCAGAAUGACGCGCUCCAAGACCUUCCAGGCAUACCUGCCGAGCUGCCACCGAACCUACAGCUGCAUCCACUGCCGGGCUCACCUGGCCAACCACGACGAGCUCAUCUCCAAGUCGUUCCAGGGCAGUCAAGGCAGAGCCUACCUGUUCAACUCAGUGGUGAACGUUGGGUGUGGCCCUGCAGAAGAGAGGGUUCUGCUCACAGGUCUGCACGCUGUAGCAGAUAUCUACUGUGAGAACUGCAAGACCACCCUGGGUUGGAAAUACGAACAUGCCUUUGAGAGCAGUCAGAAGUAUAAAGAGGGCAAGUUCAUCAUCGAGCUGGCCCACAUGAUCAAGGACAACGGCUGGGACUGAGGGACCAGCAACCGGGACACUACUGCAACA